GAUACAGGUUCAUACAUUCUCUUGACACCUCUUAGUGAGGGAAUUACCCCGUAAAACUUCCUCCGUUAUUGUGGUUUGCAAGGACUAAAUAAAUUAUUUUAAAGCUUGAAACAUUAUGGUAGAGAAACCAAUAAGAAGAUCGAUUUUCUUAUGUUUUAUCCUGUGUCAUUUAUUCUGCGCAUCAGCCACUGCACCCGGCGAGACCGCGCCAAUGAUUGAUUAUCCGGAGUAUGGCUUGCCUACGGAUCCAGUAUUACUUCAUAACCGUAUCAAGUACAAUAUGCGGAAGUCUUUCGAUCUGGAAGAGGAAGGCUGUUACCUCAUACCUGGGAGUAAGGAAAGCAUUAGGGAGUGUGGCUUUAAUUCUUCAACCAAGACCAUUUUGAUCAUCCACGGCUGGACGAUGAGUGGGAUGUUUGAAAACUGGAUGCAUAAGCUGGUGGCCGCUGUUCAGAGAAGAGAAUUGGACGCAAACGUGGUGGUGGUCGAUUGGCUGGGGCUGGCCCACCAGCUUUACCCUGAUGCUGUCAACCAUACUCGCCGAGUUGGGAAAAGCAUUGCUUCUGUUUUGGACUGGCUCCAGGAGGAAGAACAGUUGCGACUUGAAGACAUCCACAUGAUCGGAUACAGUCUUGGGGCUCACGUCGCUGGCUAUGCUGGAAAAUUCGUCAGUGGAAAUAUCGGACGUAUAACUGGUUUAGACCCGGCCGGUCCCAUGUUUGAGGGUAUGGAGUCUCACCAAAGGCUUUCUCCUGACGACGCCGACUUUGUCGAUGUUCUUCACACAUACCCUCGAGGAGCUCUGGGUGUCAGUAUCGGCAUCCAGGAACCCAUCGGACACAUCGACAUCUAUCCCAACGGUGGGGACGGUCAACCGGGCUGUUCCCUGGGCGAUGUGAUCUCCAACAUAGGAAAUUUUGUGGAAGUCAUGAAGUGCGAGCACGAGCGGGCGGUUCAUCUUUUCGUGGACUCCCUCAUGAGCAAGGACCACGUGAGCUACGCCUUCCAGUGUACCGGCCCUGAUCGCUUCAAGAAAGGCAUUUGCUUGAGUUGCAGGAAAAACCGUUGCAACAGCAUCGGUUACAAUGCCAAGAAAAUCCGAAAGAGGAGAAACAGUAAGAUGUACCUGAAGACUCGUGCAGACACGCCUUUUGGUGGUUACCACUAUCAGAUGAAGAUGCAUGUGUUUGACAGGAAGAACGCCCAUGAUGCAGAUCCCACUUUCUAUGUCACAUUACACGGGGCCCACAACGACUCGACUCAACUCACCGUGGACAUCAAUGACGGCGUCGGUCUAAACCUCACAAAUACGUUCCUCGUCUUCACCGAGGAGGACAUUGGUGAACUUCUAAAAAUAAGCCUUCGCUGGGGAGGUCCUUCUGAUACCUGGACAUCUGUAAUAAAAUCGAUCUGGCCGUGGUCCAGUAAACAGGACAAAAAAAUUCUGGAGGUUCGGAGGAUCCGAGUCAAAGCAGGAGAGACUCAGAAAAAGUUCACCUUUUGUGCCGAAGACACUGAGAUAUCACCGGGAAAAGAAAUCACGUUUCUUAAAUGUCGGGAUGGCUGGGAGGUGAAGCCCAGGAAACGAUUGCACUACUGAGAGAAAGCACUGUUACCAUAGGACCUGAGGGUGGCACAGGGCUGAGCACUUUUGUUUUGGUACGUUUUGGUGGGAUAUGAUGCACCGCGUUUGUUUUCGGUAAAUGGGAUGAACACCAACCUGCUGCUUAAAUGGCCAUCUGUGUGUGGGCUGGCUAAUAGACUUGCUCAGGGCAGUUUUUCUACCAUUGAGCUCUUCUGGAAUCCGAUGUUUUUUGUAGGUCUUUGUCUUUUUGAUACUUGUGUAUUUUCUAUUGUUGUUCAAAACCUCCGUUUUGUGAAUCUCCUGGUUCUCCUCGGCAACAGGAUCCUCGUUAUGUAUAUUUUUGUACGAUUUUAAUUUAUGAAGGAUAAGCACUGUAAGAACCAAGCCUAUUUAUCAACUUACACCUUGUACCAAGGCAUAAAUUCAUUCUCUCCCAAGUUACCUUGCGACCACUUAUUUUAUGUGUGUGUGUGUGUGUCUGUGGAUUUCAACAGAGAGAAGGAUUUUAUGAAUUCACAGUAUUAUUUAAGGUCAAGAGAAUGGAGAGCAAUGCUCUGUAUUAAUAACAAAAAUACUGUUGCACAGUUGUGCCUUGUUUUGUACAUGUUUUAUGUAUAUAAUGUAUAUAAAACAAGAAUUUGUAAUAAAAAAAUAAAUUUGGAUUCUCAAAGA